GGCUAUUCAAUUCAAUCGCAGCAGGUUUGGCCUGCUUGUUUGCCAAUAUCUGAUGUGGGAUACAUUGCCUUUUUAUCCAUGCAGUAGCCGAUCGACAACAAAUCAUUCACAGGCAAUCAACGAAUCCAAGGCUUCUUCCAUGGCAAUAGAUGAUCCAUCAAUGGCAGAAGAAGGCUACAUUGACCUGGAAUUCAAAUCUUCUUCGCUGAUCGAAUUCCAAUUCCAAAUGAAUUCCAAUCUACACAAGGCAUCCCCUGCCGACGAGCUCUUCUACAAGGGCAAGCUACUUCCUCUCCGCCUGAUACACGAUCAGAUUGAGGAGAAGAAGGCCACGAGAACCCCCAGAGCAAGCGCCGGCUCAACCCCGUAUAUGUCGUGCAAUGCCUCCCCAGCCGCCGCCGCCGCUUGCUUCGUCGGCGGAGAGAUCGGCCUCGAGGACUUCUUCUUCCAUGACUGCCGGCAGGAAGAGCUCAUCCGACCGCAGUCCAAGAGGUCGUGGAGCCAGAAGCUCAAGUACAUUAAAGAAGCUGCCGCAUUAGUUUCCAAAGCAUAUCUCAAGUCUCUGCUCCACAAAUCUUGGCUCUCUAAAGUCAAGGAGGGCUCGAAGAGAAAAGGGAAAGCCACGGAAAAACAGGAGCAGGAUCACAGGCGGUCCUUUUCCAGUUCGAGUAUCUGGCAAUCGCCGAGCAAGUCUUGGAGCUCCUCAUCGCGCAACUGGUCCGAGUCCUCCUCGUCCUUCUCGAGCGUGAAUUCGGCGGUGCUGAAGAGGAGCAGCAGCGUGAACUCCGACGCGGAGACGUCGAUCAAGGGAGCAAUUGCGCACUGCAAGAAGUCUCAACAGAAGGAUUCCUCGAGGAAGAGCUCGAGCGAUGUUGGAUUUUGUUUGCUUAACGUCGCAAAGAUUGCGCCGGAUGGAUUGUGAAGAACGUGAAUGAUCUAGCUAGGACGCAAUAAAAUGAACGUGAGAAAAUACUGGAAUUGCACUAUGACUUUGUGUGUCUGUCUGUUUUGAAAUCAAAACAGAUUUACAAUAAUCUUAAGGAUUUCGAACUUUAGUCAUUGAAAUAUUGAAUUACGGAGUGUAGCUAGUUUCCAUCUGAUUCAAGGUAGUUGCUCAAUAUCGAAGAAAGUGUUUGAUAUG